AUGAGUCUCCGACGUCUGUUGCCCUAUUCUCUCCUUGUGGGAGCUGCGCUGGCGAGUCCCCGUUUCAACCGACGGCAGGAUAGCCCGGUUGCCUCUGAUACGGCGGCGGAUUGUACUUGGUACGACACGGCCCUCGACUCGACCUAUAACUGCGAAUGGUUCGAGCUCAACUGGGGAUUGUUCCAUGCCGACUUUGUGUCCUACGACGGGCUGAUUGACACCUGCACGGCCUUCUACUACGCGGUUGUCGGCGACACUUGUGACAAGAUUGUCGCCAAGUAUGGCACCUUCACGACGGCCGAGUUCAUCGCCUGGAACCCGGCCGUCGGGUCGGACUGUAGUGGCAUCUGGGCCAAGACCUAUUACUGCGUUGGUAUUCCCGGCACGCCGACGGCCAACCCUUCGUCGACGACCACGUCGACGGGAGGACCCUCCCCGACGCAGGACGGUAUCAUCUCGACCUGCACGCGCUACUAUAAGGCCGUGGCGGGCGACACAUGUGACAAGAUCUCUGCCUCUUAUGGCACCUUCACAAGUGCCGACUUCAUGUCCUGGAACCCCGCCACGGGGAUCAUCUCCACCUGCAAAACCUUCUACCAGGCUGUCAGCGGUGACACCUGCGACAAGAUCGUCGCCAAGUACGGCACCUUCACGCUGAGCCAGUUCCUGAACUGGAAUCCUGCCGUCGGCAGCGACUGUUCCGGUCUCAAAGCCACGUACUACUACUGUGUCGGUGUGCCUGGAACAUCCUCGACAACCAAGACCACCACCUCUACAACGACCACCUCCACCUCCAGCGGGCCAUCCCCAACCCAGACCAGAAUCAUCUCCACCUGCAAUCGAUACCACAAGGCCGUCGACGGCGACAACUGCGCCGGACUCGUGAAGCAAUACGGCACCUUCACGCUAGACCAGUUCCUCGCCUGGAACUCUGCCGUAGGCGCCGACUGCAACGGCUUCUGGCUGGGAUAA